AUGGCCUGUAUCACCCGCCUCCGCGCACCCCUGCGCACCCUCACGCUCACCGCGCGCGUAACCCCGGCGCUCGCGCGGGCCAACUCGACGCUCGCGCCUGGCUCGUCGCAGGACCCGUCCCACCCGCACCUGUAUUACCACCCGUCGCCGACGGGCGCGACGACGCCGACGCACAUGACCUUGUCGUUCCUCCCGCGCCCGCCCGCAGUGGCCAGCAGCAAGUGUGUGCUGGGCACGCUUCCGGCGCUGCCUGAUGCCGGGCUGAACGACUUUGUCGAGAACCGGGCGUUCCGGCCCCUGCUGCAUGCCGCGCUCAAGGACGGGCUGGCGACCGCCGGCGUCGCCGAGACGGUCGAGUACGAGGCCCAGAUGCGGCCCGGGGACGGAUACAUGCACGUCACUGACGAGCGCGCGGUGCCCCCCGCGGGGCGGAUCGGCGACACCGAGGACCUCAUCGCGAGUGUGUUUGUACAGGAUGGCAAGAUUGUGGCGUCCACAUACGAGCCCUCCCCGUCCUACCGCCUCGUCACGAACCGCGGCGUGCUCCUGCUCCCGCGUGGGCUGGACACACAUGUCAUCAAGGCGCUCGAGAAGGUCGAUGCCGAGGAGCGCGGCGAGUAG